CUGAACGUUGAGAUGGGCAGUUGUGUUUCGGGGGACUGCGCAGUCAAAACGGCAAAGAGAGUGAUUUAUUUGGGCUUCAGUAAAUGCUGCAUCUUGUAUUUCAAAGAGUUUCCUGUCAUGACCUCAUAAAAAAGAGGAGGCGGCUUGUAUGUGUAGCGGUGCCUGGCGUGUUGAGUUGUUGCUUCCUUCUCUGGGCAGCAGCUCUGUAAGAAGGAAUGUCAGCUUUUACAUAACGUUCCUUUCCGCUUUUGACACACUGUGUGAGGGUCCAUCUUCUUCUGAUCACAGAUGGAGUGGAAUGGCUUGAAGAUGAUAAUUAGCACCAUGGAGCCACAGGUGUCAAAUGGCCCGACAUCCAAUACAAGCAAUGGACCCUCCAGCAACAAUAGAAACUGUCCUUCUCCCAUGCAGACAGGGGCAGCCACAGAUGACAGCAAAACCAACCUCAUAGUCAACUAUUUACCCCAGAACAUGACCCAGGAGGAAUUCAGGAGUCUCUUUGGGAGCAUUGGUGAAAUAGAAUCCUGCAAACUCGUGAGAGACAAAAUUACAGGACAGAGUUUAGGGUAUGGAUUCGUUAACUAUAUUGAUCCAAAGGAUGCAGAGAAAGCCAUCAAUACUUUAAAUGGACUCAGACUCCAGACCAAAACCAUAAAGGUCUCAUAUGCCCGUCCGAGCUCUGCCUCAAUCAGGGAUGCUAACCUCUACGUUAGCGGCCUUCCCAAAACCAUGACCCAGAAGGAACUGGAGCAGCUUUUCUCGCAAUAUGGCCGUAUCAUCACCUCUCGAAUCCUGGUUGAUCAAGUCACAGGAGUGUCCAGAGGGGUGGGAUUCAUUCGGUUUGAUAAGAGAAUCGAGGCAGAAGAAGCCAUCAAAGGGCUGAAUGGCCAGAAGCCCAGCGGUGCUACAGAACCGAUUACUGUGAAGUUUGCCAACAACCCCAGCCAGAAGUCCAGCCAGGCCCUGCUCUCCCAGCUCUACCAGUCUCCCAAUCGGCGCUACCCUGGCCCGCUUCACCACCAGGCCCAGAGAUUCAGGCUGGACAAUUUGCUUAAUAUGGCCUAUGGCGUAAAGAGACUGAUGUCUGGACCAGUCCCCCCUUCUGCCUGUCCCCCCAGGUUCUCCCCAAUCACCAUUGACGGAAUGACAAGCCUUGUGGGAAUGAACAUCCCUGGUCACACAGGAACAGGCUGGUGCAUCUUUGUCUACAACCUGUCCCCUGAUUCCGACGAGAGUGUCCUCUGGCAGCUCUUCGGCCCCUUUGGCGCAGUGAACAACGUUAAGGUCAUCCGCGACUUCAACACCAAUAAGUGCAAGGGAUUCGGCUUUGUCACCAUGACCAACUAUGAUGAGGCAGCCAUGGCCAUUGCCAGCCUCAACGGGUACCGCCUAGGAGACCGAGUGUUGCAAGUUUCCUUUAAAACCAACAAAGCCCACAAGUCCUGAAUUUCCCAUCCUUACUUAUUAAAAUAUAUAUAUAAAUAUAUACGAACAACACACACACACAUACACACACACACACACAAAAGAGAGAGAAACAAACUUUUCGAGGCUUAUAUUCAACCAUGGACUUUAUAAGCCAGUGUUGCCUAAGUAUUAAAACAUUGGAUUAUCCUGAGGUGUACCAGGAAAGGAUUUUAUAAUGCUUAGAAAAAAAAAGAAAAAAAAACAAAAAAAUACCUUUGAUGCAUUGAAUGUUCUUUCAUAGCUGUCGUUGUUGAAUAUAAUAUACAUAGAUAGCGAUGUGCAGGGAUUUUAACCCAGCCAGCUAACUUUACUACCUUCCUUGAAGGUGGGUCUUUUUAAGAUGACCAUUCGCUCAUUUGAAGAAGAAAAACAAAAAACAAAAAAAAAAUAAAAAUAAAACAAUUUUUACAAAGUAAUGGGAUUCAAAGAAAGAAAAAAAAGAUUUUUUUUUGUCAAAAAGUUGAUCCAAUCAGAUUGGUAAAAACCCCCCACACAAAUUAAAGAGGAAUAAUAAAAAUUGCAAAAAUGAAAAAAAAACUUUUGCAAAUUUUUUUAUUUUUCCUUUUUUCUUUUAUAUCAUGUGAACUAAAAACAGUCUUCUGUUAGGGGAUGGGGGCAAGGGGGAUACCUGAUGACAUUAACAAUUUAAUAACAUUAACAUUGUUGCCAAAGAGGUGGUCUCUUUGCUGAAAAUGGGUUUCAAGAAAAAUCUAUUUUUAUAAAAUAUAAAGAAUUUUUACAAGAGAAUCUGGAUUUGAGAAAAAAAUAUUUUGACUGGCUAAUUUAGGGGAAAUUGACAACUUUGUCGCGUUCAUACUGCACUGGUAACUUUUUAGAGAUCAAGAUGUGUGUUUUAAACUGGAUUCGUAGACUGUUUUUUGAAGGAUGGGCUAUAAACAGAUGAUCUUCAUAUCUUUUCAUAGCAUGUAAUAAUAAUAAAAAAACAAUUAUUAAUUACUAGGGGAAAGGAGUGUUCGUUCUACCCAGGGUACCACAGUUCCCCACAGUCAAAACCCAAAAGCAAGGAGAUGAGUUGAAAGACAGUUUUUCUUUAAGUCAUCAGUAUGGGAUGUCAGCAGAACAAAAAUUAAAAAGAUUAAUUUUCCUUUUGAUCUAAAACUUCCUUAGUUUGAGCAGUAGGUGCUACGAAAUUAUUUACAUAUCUUAGUAUCAUAGUUAAAUGUAAUGUGUUUAGGAGAGGAAAACAAAAGAUACAUUUGCUUUAAAUUCAUUAAGGAAUUUUCAAAUUCACUUUGUAGCCCAUGCUGGUAGAAUUGGGCUGUGUUGGUACAUUUGAAACACUGUUUAUGUUGCUUGAAACACUUAUUUAUUUAAUCGCCGAUGUGAUGAUGCCUAUGGCCGAGAUCAAAUAUAGCUAGAUUGGCUAGACUACUUAUUUGUUUACUUAAACUAUGGGAAGAAGCAUAUUAUUGUGUCAUUCUGUUGUGUGUGUAUGUGUAUAUACAAUAUAAAUAUAUAUAUAUAAAGUUAUUUUUUCUUUGGGUUAAUUUAUUAUAAGUUGUAACACUUGGCUAGUUUUGUUUGUAUAUGUCUUAAAAUGUUUUCUUAUGAUAUUUAAGUGACAGUUAAAGAGGUAUCAAGGUAACUUGUGUAGAACUAUUGUUUGAUAUAUUGUCAUGUUUGUUGUGAAUAUUUUUUCUUACUGCACAGUAGAAAAAUAAAAACAACUGGGU